CCCCAAAGUGAAGGGACAGGUCAAUUUCCAAUUGCUUGUGUGGACAAUUCUUCCUACCGAUUAAUUUUCCCGGUCAAACUAAACAAGCUGUAGAGAGAGAAUUUUUAGAGAGAGAGAGAGAGAGGGAGCAGUUGGGCAUUUGAGACCUGACUUUUAUCCAGGAAAAAUAUAUGCUUUCGCAUUGCAUUUAUGUAUAAGUUUCCUUCACGGACCUUGUAUGUAUGGUUAACAGCUGGGUUUUGUCAACUUGUUCCUGCAAACGAAACCCUAAUUUUGUUCAUUUCUGAUCUUUAAAGCAGAGGGAUGAGAGUUUCGGUGUUCUUUUCUUCCAUGGGUGCGUGUUGGAGCAAUCGAAUUAAGGCCGAUGCCGAUAGUCCAUUACAUGCAGAAGUGAAUUCAAAGAAUGUAAGCAGUGAAGUGACUUCAAAGAAUGUCAGCAGUGAUGGGAAAUUCCUAAGUAGUUCUAGUGGUAAGGUAUCAUCAGGUUCCAUAUCCCAGGCUCCACGCAGCGAGGGUGAAAUCUUGCAGUCAAGCAAUUUAAAAAGCUUUACCUUCAACGAUCUCAGAACUGCCACCAGAAACUUCCGUCCUGAUAGUGUAUUAGGGGAAGGUGGCUUUGGUUCGGUUUUUAAGGGGUGGAUCGACGAGCAAUCACUUGCAGCUGCAAAGCCGGGCACAGGAUUGGUAAUUGCAGUGAAGAGGCUAAACCAAGAUGGUAUGCAGGGUCACAGGGAAUGGUUGGCAGAAAUAAACUAUCUUGGGCAGUUGCAUCAUCCAAAUCUGGUGAAAUUGAUUGGUUUCUGCCUAGAAGAUGACCAUAGGCUUUUGGUAUACGAGUUCAUGGCUAAGGGCAGCAUGGAGCAACAUCUAUUCAGGAGGGGGACUCAGUUUCAGCCACUUUCUUGGAGCAUUCGAAUGAAAGUUGCUCUUGGUGCUGCAAAGGGGCUUUCCUUUCUUCACAAUGCUGAAACAAAAGUUAUAUAUCGGGACUUCAAGACAUCUAAUAUCCUUCUUGACUCGAACUACAAUGCAAAACUUUCUGAUUUUGGGUUGGCCAGGGAUGGGCCAACUGGUGAUAAGAGCCACGUCUCCACUAGGGUUAUGGGGACCUUUGGAUAUGCUGCUCCAGAGUAUCUAACCACAGGUCAUCUAACUGCCAAGAGCGACGUAUACAGCUUUGGUGUCGUUCUUCUAGAGGUAUUAUCUGGUAAACGAGCAGUAGACAGGAACCGACCUACUAGAGAGCGCAGCCUGGUGGAGUGGGCAAAACCAUAUCUGGCAAAUAAACGUAAAUUUUUGUUUGUUAUGGAUGCCCGUAUCGAAGGCCAGUAUUCACGACGUCAGGCCCUAAAGGCAGCUAACCUUGCACUUAAAUGCUUAUGUAUGGAUCCGAAGUUCAGACCAAAUAUGGAUGAGGUGGUAACAGCUUUAGAGCAGCUUCAGGACUCAAAGGGCGUGAUAAAAGGUACACAAAAGGAGGACCUGUAAAUCAACAAGGCCAUUCCAAUGGCGGACUUUGGUCCUGUGGAAGCAGUACUCAGGAAGUUCCAGGCAUGUACUGUAACUAUAUUUUCUUAAAACAAUGUACAGUUGUUUUUGUUAAUGUAUUAUAACUCAAGUGUUGUACAAAAACCUAUCAUUCAAAUUUUUUGAAUUGAAAGCUGGAGAGAGUGUUAUUGAGGGUGUAUUUAGUUUUUCUUAAAUUGUUGUUGAGAGUUUGUCUUGACCUUAUUCGAGUAUCAUUUCAAUGCCUCCCCAAUAUAUGAAAGUUCUUGAAUAUUUUGGACUA